AUGAACUUCGGCUUCAGCGGCUUGGACGAGCUGAACGGGCUGGACAAUGCCCUCAUUGAAGAGAUCGAAAAGGAGACGAAGGGUGCCAGUGACAACAAGCGAAAAUUUGACAUCUACGAUGAGUACGAACAGUUCGACCAACUGGAGAGGAAUGCACUCUUAGCAGCCAAGGCGAAACUCGAGCAGCAGACCGCCUUCAUAAACUGCAUCACAGGACCCCCAUUUAAUAGAGAAUUCCAGAACUACUACGUUUUUAAUGACUACCGUUUUAUGAGGGAGUAUGUUUAUAAAAAACACUUAACUUCGGACGAUAUAUUUUUUAAGCCAGAAGAAGUGGAAUAUAGAUGCAGGAUCGAAUGUGCCAAAUUGGCUAGCACUAGUGAAGACAUCGAUGAGUACCUUAAAAUUUACGACUGCAAUGAUAUAUACCCCCCUGUGUAUGUGAAGAAGUUUGGUUGUGAGGGGAAGAAUGUGGGGAGAAAGUACAUUGCAGGUCUGGGGGAUGACACGGAGGAAGAACAGCAAGGUGGUGGAAAAUGGACGAGGAACAUCUUCCUGAGACGAAGCAGCGAAGACUUCAGAAAGAUGCUGGAGAAGGUUCUACAGGAAAUUAAAGAGGAGGACCAGAAGCGGAAGGAGAGGAGAGAAAAGCAGCCAACGGGGUCGGAGAAUCUUUACCAAGAUGAGGGAAAAACCGUGAAACCGCAAACGAGCGUCAGUUUUGUGGAAAAGUACAGGGCCAAAUAUUUCUCUGAACUGUUGACAGACGAAACGAUCAACAGGGAAGUCCUCAUGUGGAUGAAGCAGUGGACCGAGCGAAUAGCCAAAGGGGCAGCCAACAUGACAUCUCCACAUGGAAAUGAUAAAAUCGAGGAAGAGGAGAUCAAAAAGAGCAGCGAAUUCCAACGAAUCUUACUCCUGGGUGGGUCAGCAGGAAAGGGGAAAACAACCUUAGCGUAUGUCAUUGCUAACCAUUUUAAAUUCAACGUGGUUGAAAUAAACGGAAGUGAUGACAGGAAUAAAGAGACGCUAAUCCCACUACUAGAAUCCGUUGUGUGUAACAACUCCAUAAGUUCUAGACCCAACAUGUGUAUCGUAGAUGAGAUCGACGGUAUGACCAGCACGCACCAAAACAUAGAUGCGGUGAUGAAGUUUCUGACAAAGAAGGACAAGCGAAAUAGGAGCAUCAUCAAGAGACCAAUAAUCUGCAUCUGCAACGAUAUUUACCACAAAAGUUUAAAGGAGCUCCGAAAGGUAAGUAAAGUGGUUGUGGUAGACAGUGUGAACGACGAGACGUUAAAGGGGCGAAUCCAUUUUAUCUGUGACAGGGAGGGCAUCAGCAUAGGCAACGAGGCGGUUAGCAAAUUGGUGGAGAUCUGCAAGGGGGACAUUCGGGCGAUUCUAAACACGAUCUGUUUUCUCAGCAUUGGGUGUUCAACUGGUGGUGCAAAUAGCGGGACGUCUACUAUGGGUCAACGAUUGCACAAGCAGAAGCGCAAAAUAGUCAUCAGUAUGGACCUGCUGAACGCAUACCUCUUCUACAAAGACGCGAACAACAACUACAUGGAGCUGCUUAACAUGAUUUAUGUAAAAAACAAAAAUAAGAAAAUGAUAAAACAAUUACUACAGGACUGUUACCAAUUCUUCCACCUUAAUUUGUCUAACGAAUACAACUACCUGCAGUCCUACUACUACGUGUAUGACAAUCUGAUGAAUAUACCUUUCAACGAUUUCGACUUUUGUAAGCUUAGCUAUUGUUUGGAUUUCUUCUCUUUCUGUGAUACCAUGGAAUAUAGACAAAAACAAGUGUUAAGUUAUUCCAUGCAGAAGAUGCUCUUCUACGCCGUGUACCUUUUCAUCCUGAUCAUUCAGCUGAAUAUAAACUCGCACGUCCAAUACAUUCUGAUGCACAACAGCCACAGCAACUUUAACCGAACCAAACAACUAAGCAUUAAGCAAAUUAAGGAGAAUUUUUUAAACGAAAAAUUUGGGGUCAUUACAUACAAGUAUGUCUACUCCAAACAGUUCUUCUUUGAGACGCUCAACUAUAUUUUUUCCUUCUUCUACAUGAACGAGUUUUUCUACAAAAAUGUUCACCUGUGGGGGACGAUUACCUACUUCAGCGAUUUGGAUGCCCCCAAGUACCUCCUCGUUCCAUACCACUUUAACAAAGUCAACAAGUUGAAGCUGUUCUGCGUGAAGCUGCUCCAUGUGAUGACCCUUUUUAAUAUUUCCUUUACCAACUUGUCUGUGUCUUCUUCAUCGGCGGGAUUUUUUCACUUUGGUGCACAGAGGGGUAAUUAUCCCUUUCGGGGGUCAGCAAUUGGGUCGGGCGGAGGCCCCAACCGGAUAGGCGCUAACCCUACCGGUGGUAACCCUGCCGGUGGGAACAAUGCCACUGGUAACCCUAUCGGUGGUAACCCUACCGGUGGUAAUAACGCCACAGGGGGUAACCCUGCUAAUGGUAAUGGUGCCACUGGUAAUAGUGCCACUGGUAGUAGUUUCACCGUGGGCGAGCCCGAGAAAAUUUACGUGUUCGACCCCUACGUGGACGACUUCCUGCUCUACGCGGAAAAGAAGGAAAUCGCCUACAGGCAGUUCCACCAGAUGGGAAAACCCCAGAUGGCAAAACCACCGACGCUCACCUCCCAUGCGAAUACCUUUCACUUCCCCACUCUGGACAACUACCUCAACAACAUCGUGUGCGAAAAGUUAAACCAAUUGAAAAAGUGGAUCAACAACCAGUCGAUUUACUUCUCCGAGAAGAAAAAGCAACCCAACCAUAUGCAUAUUAUUAAGGCUUCCUCCACCAAGACAAACAAAGGAAAGUUUGAAGUUAGCUACGCUCCCAACUUUGACAAGUCUCUAACCGAUAUGAUUUUAAUUGCACAGCAGGAGGGAUAUAAGAAGGCCUUUUCUACUUAUUUCCCAAAUGAGCUAGCUGAAGAUGAUGCGAGUUCUACCUCCUCAAUGCCAGAUGCAAUAAUGGAUUCAACGGAUCUACAGGCAAAAGGCAAAGGCGCACGUGCACCGAGGGCGAAGAACCUCAAAAAAGAGAAGAACAUUUUGAAGACGAAAAUUCUACGAAACACGGGAGAUGCCGCCCUCACCAUCGCCGAUCUGAUCAGAGAAGAAAUGAGUUACAUGGACCGGAAUAUCAACAAAGAGAAGAAAAUUUACUUCACGGGGAAGUACGUCAAGACCAAGGGCUAUUACAAGAACAUCGAGGAGCGCUGCAAUGCCGUUCUGCAGCCUCUCCACUUUUGCGUCUUCCAGGGCAGCUAG